AUGGCUUUCACUCCAGUUAAGAACUCUGCUUACUGUUCUCGUUUCCAAACUCCUUUCAGAAGAAGAAGAGAAGGUAAGACCGAUUACUACCAAAGAAAGAGACUUGUCGCUCAACACAAGGCCAAGUACAACUCUCCAAAGUACAGAUUAGUCGUUAGAUUCACCAACAAGGACAUCAUCUGUCAAAUCGUCUCCUCUACCAUCACUGGUGACAUUGUUCUAGCUGCUGCUUACUCUCACGAACUACCAAGAUACGGUAUUACCCACGGUCUAACCAACUGGUCUGCCGCUUACGCUACUGGUUUGUUGAUCGCUAGAAGAGCUCUACAAAAGCUAGGUCUAGACGAAACCUACAAGGGUGUUGAAGAAGUUGAAGGUGAAUACGAAUUGACCGAAGCUGUUGAAGAUGGUCCACGUCCAUUCAAGGUCUUCCUAGAUAUUGGUCUACAAAGAACCACCACUGGUGCCAGAAUCUUCGGUGCUCUAAAGGGUGCUUCUGACGGUGGUCUAUACGUUCCUCACUCUGAAAACAGAUUCCCAGGUUUCGAUUUCGAAUCUGAAGAAUUAGAUGCUGAUUUGCUAAGAAACUACAUCUUCGGUGGUCACGUUUCUGAAUACAUGGAAGAAUUAGCUGAUGAUGAUGAAGAAAGAUUCCAAGAAUUAUUCAAGGGUUACGUUGCUGACGACAUUGAAGCUGAUGCCAUGGAAGACAUCUACCAAUCUGCUCACGAAGCUAUCAGAGCUGAUCCAUCCUUCAAGGCUACUGAAAAGAAGUUCACCAAGGAACAAUACGCUGCUGAAUCCAAGAAGUUCAGACAAGUUAAGUUGACCAGAGAAGAAAGACAAGCUCGUGUUGCUGCCAAGAUUGCUGCUCUUACUUCCCAACAAUAA